GACAGCUACUGUAUUCCAGAGUCCAUACGGAUCCUUGCACUUUCCUCACCCCCGGCGCAGGAGGGAGAAGAGAAGCCGAGCAAGUCAUGUGAGCCCGGCUGGUGUCACCUGACAAGGAGGAGGAAGUUCUUUCAGCGACUCAGUCCUCCUCGAGCCUUGUCUUCAUCAUGCUCUCUCGUCUGCUGAAGGAGCACCAGGCAAAGCAAAGCGAAAGGAAGGAGUUGCAAGAUCGGCGCCGCCGAGAGGCCAUCGCUGCAGCCACUUGCUUAACAGAAGCCCUGGUGGACCACUUAAAUGUAGGGUAAGCUGCUCAGUUUGCCAAGCAGACAGGCCAGUGGAUUAGCAUGGUGGAGAACUUCAACCAAGCCCUGAAGGUCAGUCAGUCGGGUUCCUGCGGGAAUGAAGGACCCAGCAGCCUCAAGAUCCGCCCUUGA